AUGUCCACUGGCUCCCUCAGCGAUGUGGAGGACCUCCAAGAGGUGGAGAUGCUGGACUGCGACGGGCUGAAAAUGGACUCGAACAAGGAGUUUGUCACCUCCAACGAGAGCACCGAGGAGAGCUCCAACUGCGAGACCGGCUCGCCCCAGAAGGGCCGCGGUAGCCUGGGCAAGAGGAGGAAGGCGCCCACCAAGAAGAGCCCGUUGAGCGGGGUGAGCCAGGAAGGGAAGCAGGUCCAACGCAACGCGGCCAACGCGCGCGAGCGGGCCCGGAUGCGGGUGUUGAGCAAGGCCUUCUCCAGGCUCAAGACCACCCUGCCCUGGGUGCCCCCGGACACCAAGCUCUCCAAGCUGGACACGCUCAGGCUGGCGUCCAGCUACAUCGCCCACUUGAGGCAGAUCCUGGCCAACGACAAGUAUGAGAACGGUUACAUUCACCCGGUCAACCUGACGUGGCCCUUUAUGGUGGCCGGGAAACCCGAGAGUGACCUGAAGGAAGUGGUGGCCGCGAGCCGCUUAUGUGGAACCACGGCAUCCUGACCUUGGAGGUGCGAGUCUGGGAAAGGCGCGCCCCCGGGGGGAGUUGCCGGUCCCCGGGAAGACGACCCCUGCCCUCCCUGCUCUCUGUCUCUGCUUCCCCCUCGCCAAGCUCCCUUCCCUCUCCCACCCCGCCAGAACACUUUACAGCGACGAGGAGAUGCGUUUCCAAAGCAGACGAGAUCAAUCGUUACUUACAAAAGAUUCCCAUCUAUUUAACUUUAUUAACUUCUACCGUGAAUGACUCUGUGAGCCUUGCUGGUCCAAGUGCAAUA